AUGCCUGAACAGAAGAACACAGGUGCCAAGUCAGAGAAGGAGAAUGCUGCUCCUGCUGAUAAGCCUGCAGAAGAAUUGUCUGAGGAUGAACGUGUCCCAGGAGAAGAGCAUCAGCUAUCUGAGAUAACUGGCCUGUUUGUUGAGAGGCCUCAGAGUGUCACUGUAAUUAAAGGGAACAAUUUCACAUUUGUGGCUAAGGUGGACUCCUCACAGCUGCUAAGAAAGCCAGCUGUAAAGUGGUUUAAGGGGAAAUGGUUGGAUCUGGGGAGCAAAGCUGGAAAACACCUGCAGUUCAAAGAAACCUAUGACAGGAACACCAAGAUAUACACCUAUGAGAUGACCAUUGUUAAGGCUGUGGACGGGGAUGCGGGAGGCUAUCGUUGUGAGGUCACAUCCAAAGACAAGUGUGACAGCUGCACCUUUGACAUCACUGUUGAAGCUGCAGAAGAGGCACAGCAAACAAACAUAUUGGAGGCAUUCAAACGAUCGGGAGAUGCAGGAGAGGAUGCAGGAGAUCUGGACUUCAGUGGCUUACUCAAAAAAAGAGAACGGAAGCAGAAGGAGGAGCCUGAGGUUGAUGUGGAUGUGUGGGAGAUCCUGAAGAAUGCUAAGCCAUGUGACUAUGAGAAGAUCGCCUUUGAGUAUGGCAUCACUGACCUUAGGGGUAUGCUCAAGAGACUGAAGAAGAUGAAGAAGGUGGAGCCCAAGAAGAGCGACGUGUUCCUGAAAAAGUUGGAUCCUGCUUACUCUGUGGAGAAAGGCAAGAAAAUAAAUCUUUGUGUGGAACUGGCUGACCCCAACGCUCAAGUCAAAUGGCUAAAAAAUGGACAGGAGAUCAAACCCUCAGCCAAAUAUGUCUUUGAGAGUGUGGGUGGUAACCAUAAGCUCACUAUUAACAAGUGCAAUCUUGCUGAUGAUGCUGCUUACGAAUGUGUGGUUGGAGAGGAGAAGAGUUUCACAGAGGUCUUUGUCCAAGAACUCCCAGUAACAAUCACUAAGAUGCUGGAUGACAUCCAUGUGGUGGUUGGUGAGAAGGUGGAAUUUGAGGUUGAGGUUUCUGAAGAGGGAGCCAAUGUGAAAUGGAUGAAGGAUGGAGUGGAAUUGAGCCGAGACGGAAAGUAUCGUUUUAAGAAAGAUGGGAAGAAGCACUGGCUCAUCAUCAACGAGGCGACCGCAGAAGACAUGGGAACAUACUAUGUCUUCACUAAUGGGGGGGAGUCCAAGGGAGAGCUAGAAGUUGAAGACAAGGAGCUGGAGGUUCUGCAGAGUAUAUCUGAUCUGACGAUGAAGGCAGCCGAACAGGCUGUCUUUAAGUGUGAAGUGUCUGAUGAGAAAGUGACUGGCAAGUGGUACAAGGACGGAGUGGAGGUCAUUCCCAGUGAUCGCAUCAAAAUGAUACACGUUGGCAGGACUCACAAGCUGGUGAUAGAUGAUGUGAAGCCUGAGGAUGCAGGAGAUUACACAUUUGUACCAGAUGGUCACGCUCUUUCCCUGUCAGCCAAACUCAACUUCUUGGAGAUCAAAAUUGAUUAUGUUCCACAUCAAGAACCCCCCAAAAUCCACCUGGACACCACUGGCAGCAUGGUCAACAAAAACACCAUUAUCGUCGUGGCAGGAAACAAGAUGCGUUUUGAUGUUGACAUUACAGGGGAGCCCGCCCCCACCGUCUGCUGGAAAAAAGGAGAUACAGAGAUCACAGAGGCUGAGGGGCGUGUAAGGGUGGAGACCAGGAAGAACCUGAGCAGUUUUGUUAUUGAAGGGGCAGAGAGAUCAGAUGAGGGUCUCUAUCGCAUCACUGUAUCCAACCCUGCUGGGGAGGACAAGGCUGAUGUCUUUGUUAAGAUAGUUGAUGUGCCUGAUCCACCUGAGAAUGUAAAAUGCACUGGAGUAGGAGAGAACACUGCCACGAUCCAGUGGGAACCACCCAAAUUUGAUGGUGGAGUUCCAGUGAAAGGCUACCUAUUGGAGAGGAAGAAGAAGGGCUCUUCCAGAUGGACUAAGCUGAACUUUGACAUUUAUGAGUUCACAACAUAUGAGGAUAAGAAGAUGAUUGAGGGGGUGCUAUAUGAGAUAAGGGUGUUUGCUGUUAAUGGUAUUGGUAUCUCCCAGCCCAGCGCCAACUCCAAACCCUUUAUGCCCAUUGCUCCAACCAGCGAACCAACACGUCUAACUGUGGACGACAUCACUGAUGGUACCUGUGCUCUGAAAUGGCUUCCCCCUGAGAGGAUUGGAGCCAGUGGCAUCGAUGGGUACUUCAUUGAAUAUUGUGUUGAGGGAGGCACUGAGUGGGUGCAGGCCAACGAGACCCCUGUUGAGAAGAAUAGUUACAGGGUUAAAGGGUUGCCUGUGGGAGAGAAGAUCCUAUUCAGGGUGACAGCUGUGAACAUCGCCGGCCGUAGCCCUCCAGCUGAGAUGAAACAAGCUGUCACCAUCCGCGAGAUUGUUGAGCGCCCUAAAAUCCGUCUCCCUCGGCAGCUUCGGACUAAGUACAUCGAAAGAGUGGGCGAAAAAGUCAACCUUGUCAUUCCCUUCCAGGGCAAACCACGCCCGGUGGUGAACUGGUUCAAGGAUGGUCAACCUCUAGACACAGCGUUGGUGAAUGUUCGCACAACUGACGUGGACACCAUCCUGUUCAUCAGGCAGGCAGUCAGAGAGAACUCAGGCCAAUACACUCUGUCUGUGCAGAUUGAGAAUAUGGAGGACAAAGCUAAUAUUGAUAUCUGGAUUGUAGACAAGCCUGGGCCACCAAUGAGCAUUACUGUGACAGAUGUGUGGGGUUUCAAUGCUGUUCUGGAAUGGAAGCCACCUAAAGAUAAUGGCAACAGUGAGAUCACUGGCUACACUAUCCAAAAAGCAGAACUGAAAACCAAGGAAUGGUUCACAGUUCUUGAGCACAACCGCAGACCCAGUUGCACUGUGUCUGAUCUGGUGAUGGGGAAUGAGUACAUUUUCCGUGUGUUCAGCGAGAACAUCUGUGGCCUGAGUGAUGAAGCUGGCGUCACUAAAAACACAGCUGCCAUCACCAAAACAGGUCUUAAAAUGAAUGCACAGCCCUAUAAGGAAAAAGACAUGAAUAGCUCUCCUAAGUUCAUCACACCUCUCGUGGACAGGUGUGUCAUUGCUGGUUACAGUGCUGCCCUCAGCUGUGCUGUCCGUGGUUACCCUAAACCAAAGAUUAUAUGGAUGAAAAAUAAGAUGAUUAUUGGUGAGGACCCGAAGUUUCUCAUGCAGAAUAACCAGGGUGUGCUGACUUUAAACAUCCGUAAACCCAGCUUGUUUGAUGGAGGGAAGUAUACAUGCAGAGCUGUCAAUGACCUAGGACAGGAUGAAGUGGAGUGUAAAUUGGAGGUUCGAGUUUUCACAGAAAAGGAAAAGGAAGGGAUGAAGAAGUGAACACAAAACCCUGGAGACACUCUAAAGAAGCCAGGAGGGAUAUGGGCAUCAUGAGAGUAUCGGAAAAGCUCAAAAAUGAAUAAUUAUUGAUUUAGAAUCAAAUUACAUCCUUGUGUUGUCUUUUCUCUGCAUUGCUUUUGCCCCUUACAAAAAAGUACUGUGGCAGUUCCAUGGUACAAUGAUGCUAUUAGAUGGUAAUACCAUGGUAUUUUCAUAUGUAGGGUACAGCGGGGCUAAAGACACAACUUAAGGAAAAUUCGCUUUUUUCUGGUCACAAAAGUGCUCAAGAUUCAAGAAAUAAACGUAUUUUUAUUGAAUAUUGAUGGAGCAACACAAUUUGUGUUAAAAGAAAUAACAACAGAAGGUUGUUUUGAAUACAAUUCAUUAUUUUUUUUAAAGUUGGUGAGGGGGCCUGGGGUAAAAGGCUCCCUCAAAUGGGGAAAAAGGCCCCCAGGGGGGGUUAUAUUAAUAUAGUAGAUACCCAAACAGUAAUUAUGGGGCACAAUUUGUCAACUUAGGCAAAUACUUUCAAAUACAAAAUAAUUUGUUUAAUAGGGGCCUUUAUUCCCAGCAACAGGGGGGGCUCUUUUCCCCAAAUGCUAUCCUUUCACUUAUUGGACAAUUACUGAAAUUGUUUUAUAUAAUCACCUUGAACAAGAUGGAAAAUGUGUCUUUUGUAUCAAAAUAAAUGUGAUGAUUUCCAGGAUUUUCAUUAUCUAGGCUUAAAUUUCAAGAUUUAAAAAAAUAUUAAAUAUUAGCUCAAAUUGUCUCAGAAUCAAGCUUUAGACAUUACACGCAAUGAUCUGAUGGAAGAGGAAUUUUUUGUUUUGUUUGAACAGGUGUUUAGGAAAGUACUGUGGUAGUAUUUGAUGCUAUUUAGUGUUAUUAAGAAGUCUUUUACCCCGGGGAGCAUUUAGACCUGUUGUACCCUACUGUGGUACUGAAUAAGUACCAUUUCAUUUACCAUGGUAUUUACAUGGUACGUCAAAAAAUACUAUGUUUCCGAACAACCAUGGUAAUACCAUGGUACUUUUUUGUUUUUAAUGUUAGUGGAAUCAGAGU